AUGGCUGGACUUUCUCUCUAUGACAAACCCUCAAAUUCUCAAAGCUCUCAGCCUCUUGAUCUCGAGCAAUCUACUAAAUUAAUAGAGCUCUUUCAAUCUACUCUACAACAAAACAAAAUUCACAUUGCAUAUGAGGUCCGAGCUGCUGUUUUCGAAGAUCUUUCUUGCUCCUUUUCACAACAAUUAAUUGCGGGCAUAGAAGAACUUCACCGCUCUAUCGGGGUGGCUUUUGAUAAUCUUGAACAAAAAUUAACUCUCCUUUUAUUAAAAAAAUAAAAAAAAAUUAUUUUAGUUAAAAUUCAGCUUAAGACUUAUUUUUAAUAAUUAAAUGAUUAAGUGACCGAAUUUUCUCAUUAGAAACAAAACUUAUAAAAUUAGAAAAUGAUUCACAAUGUAUAAGUAGUAAUCAGCAAAAAAUAGAUGAAAAAGUAUGCAGCAAUCAAGAAAAAAUUAAAGAACUCCAAAUAAAAAACACCGGCAUUGAACAAUUUGUCUGAAAUGUCUCAGAGGAUACAAAAAAGAUGGAUAAUUUAUUAAGGAAAUUUUAUGAUCACCUUUUAGAAAUCAACGGUGAGUUAGCUGCAAUUAAAGCAAGCCUAGACAGCAGCUCCUGAAAACCCAUAGAAAGGCCUUAUGAUAUGUCAAAAAAUAUCGAAAUCCUCAAAACAGACAUCACUGACAAAAUCAUUGACGAAAAAUCACAAAAUAUCGAAUUUUAUAGAGAAUUGAAGCUCGGGAUCAACGAGUUAAAAGAAAAUGUACAAUAUUUAGGAGAAAAUCAUAAUAAGCAUAAGCUUUCCCUAGAAAAGUUUGGAGACUGAUGCAAAGGUUUGCAGAGCUCGAUAAUGCAAUUCGAAUGCAGGAUUGCUAAGCUGGAUGGAGAAAUGAGAAUUAUAAGACAAAAAGAAGAGAAACUAGAAGACUCAGAAAAAAAGAAUGAAGAAGUGAGAAAACUGAUUCAUCUUAAUGAGAGAAUUUUUACUAAUAGAGUUUACUAA